AGGAUGGUCCCUUUCAGUUUCCCUCUGUCCAAGUGUGCACUUUGGGACCCCAUCCCCAUGGGUGAUGUCAUUGGCUCACAUAUUGCCUAUUACAGAAACCCAAAGGUAUCUCUGAUGGAAAAAACCUUGCGACUUGCCUAUCGCCAUGCAAAGCAGAAUGAAAAGAAAUUACUUUCCUGUUUUUUGCUUGGAACUCUUACAGUAGAUGAAGGUGGGGAAGGUGUAACGCUAACAAUAGACCGCUUUGAUCCUGGUCGAGAGGUUGCUGGUGGUUCAGGCAAAAUUCCAACUGCAUCUCUUCCUGGAGACUUCUUGAUUCCCUGUACAGUUAAUGCCUGGGGACCUUCUUCAGAUCAUGUUCUAGUGCACAGUGCUGAAGAUAUUGGCGUGGCUUUCAAGGGUCUGCAGCACAGUCUGUGCAGCAAAGAAUCACUGGAUCUUUCUAAGCUGCUCACUGUUAGAGCUCACAUUGUUUUCACAGAGAACCUGGAUAAUCUACAUUUUAAUUUUCACUGGGCUUCUAUUACUGCAGCAAAUAUAUUGGAAUACACCCCUGUGAAGUCUGUCCCAAUUAUUCCCACAGCCCUAGCAAGAAAUUUGAACAGUACUAUGAAUAUUGCACAAGUUCAAGGAACUUAUAAAUGUGGCUACCUUACCAUGGACCAGACACGAAAAUUGCUUUUACUGCUGGAGUCAGAUCCCAAGGCUUAUGCUCUACCAUUAGUUGGAGUUUGGCUGAGUGGAGUUACUCACAUCUGCAGUCCUCAAGUCUGGGCUUGUUGCUUGCGAUACUUAUUCAGUUCUUCAAUUCAAGAAAGGGUUUUUUCAGAACCUGGGAGUUUUCUUAUUGUGCUUUAUUCAUUGACACACAAGGAACCAGAGUUUUAUGAGUGCGUUCCAUGCAGUGGACAGACUGAACUAGGGUUUCAGAUCCUAACUUGCAAUGAAACAAUACACCUUUUCAAAGAAAUUUCAUUUCAGAACGUUGAGCCUUCAGACAAGAGCCCUAUCCACUUUGAGUUGAGUGCAGAAAACCAGAAUGCAGAAACUGAGUUCUUCAGCAGAGUUUGCAAGAAACUUCCUAUCAAAAGUCCUCCCCGAGGCUCUUCAUCCAGCAAGUUGUCAGCAAGUGAUCAUGACUCUGGUGUAGAAGAUGAGGAUUUAUCCCCCAGGCCAAUUCCAAGUCCUCACCCAGUCAGUCAACAGGUUACUAGGAUCUUUCCUUCUGUUCCUGAACUGUCCCUUGUUUUGGAUGGGAGUUUCAUAGAACCAGGACAAUUGUCUAAGCCUGUGGGGACUUUGAAUGCUAAAAGUCUACCUUCAGGGCUACCUCAGCCUAUUAAAAAGAAGUGGUGCUUGGGAUCUUCAUACUAUCCCACCCAACACUUUGAAGACAAGCAAAACUUUUCUUCUAAUACAGGAGAUUCCUCUUUAAGGCAAUUACCGAACCAUUCAAACCAGAAAAUUCCAACUUUAAGGCCUUCCAGAGGAAAGCAACCUCUACUACAGCAACAGUUGAAAUGUAAGAAAGCUUGCCCUCAAUCAAGAAAAAGUUCUGGGUCAUCUUCUCCUUCAACCCCUUGCAGUGGACCUUCCCCAGAUACCUCUGUGCAUCACCCCAGAAAGCCAUCAGAAAGACUUGUGCUAAACCCUGAUGGAGCUGCACAGCAGGGAGAGCCUCCAAUGAGAAGAACAUCAGUAACCAGUUCCAAGCAGCUUCCUGCUGUUACGCAGCCGAUCCUCUACACCUCUGCUUUUUCACCACAGAGUUGCAGAAGACCACCAGAAGUGCAGGUGCCAGUCCAAGUGCCACCUUGCUGUCCAGCCAGUGUGUGCAGCUGUCAGUUUCCUGCUUCCGUGCAGUAUAAUCCAAUAAACUCAUGGCAAGGAAUGGGGAAAAUGAGCCACAAACACGGAGCAGAAACCCAAUCAGAGAUGGCUCAGCAGACUCCAUGUACAGUGCUCCAUCAAAAUCUCAUUUGCCCAAAUAUUUGCUGCAACCCAGGAUAUACCACAAGCAGCCCUAUAAAUGUGAGAUAUCAUGGGAAAAUGGGGAACUGUUCUCUUGACAAUAGCUUAUCUCCUGGAACAAGACAGCCUUCAAGUGCAAGCCCCUCUAGUCCACAGUGCUGUGCAGCCCACUCACCGUGCCUGCACAUGGCUGCUGCUGCCAUGGGAUCAGAUAAUGGAAUGAUGGGAUUAUCUCCAGAUGCAUACCGGGUUCUUACAGAACAGGAUAGACAACUCAAAUUACUUCAAGCUCAGAUCCAACGCUUGCUGGAAGCACAGGCUCGUCAGGCUUGUUCCUCUGAACCAGCUCUAGCUGGCCAUGCUCUGCUGCCUGAGAAGCAAGGGGACCUUGUUUCUAUGGAAACAGAGUCCUCGCCAGCUCCACACAUGAGGAAAAGUGUGAGCAUUGCUGUGAGCACAGGUGCUAGCUUGUUUUGGAACACAGCCCCAGAAAAACAGGAGGACUCCGUCCCACAAGGGAAAAAAGAGGAUGAAGAGAUUUCUAAGGAAGACAUAAGCAUUUCAAUUAAUGCUGAACAAGAUGCAAGUAAUACAAGUAUUGCUUCCUCCUUAAAGGUGGUUGACAUGCCCAGCUUUGUAGACAGUAUUCAUCUGGUGGAAGAAGGAACUAAUCAGAACACUCUCCAAAAUGGAAACGUUUCCCAAGCACUUGUUCGCAGUUCAUCCUUGGAAGAAAGUAUUAGCGUGUCUUUACAGGAAGAACCAACAGAGGGAGCCAGCAACCAUGUGGUGGUAACAAGCGAGCAAAACUCGGAGUCCCCAGCUUCGUUGCUGCCUCGCCAUCCAUCGGAGGAGCAGAAGCUUUACCAGGAUUUAUUGGGCCAAGUAAACCACCUCUUAAAGUCCUCGGAAGAGCAAGAUCACAUGUCUGUUAAAGCAGGUUUGGUUAAUGAUGCUGAUCCUAAGUAUCAGGAUAUUGAUGGUACAACAGAAGUGGCUUCAGAGACUGACACUGGAGUGAUGGAUAAGGAGAGUGUGAUUAGUGCCACACUCAAACAACUAAAGAGUCUUGGAGUGACGAUUGACUCGCCUGGCAAAACGAAGAAAAAUACACACAAAGUGGAGAAUGCCAGCAUCUUGGCAUGCAUAAAUCCUGAAGCAGUGGUUCCUGGACUAAAUUAUAUGUCAUUUGCCAAUGUCAGCAUGUGUGGAUUAACUCCUAAUGUUGUUGAUCUGAGCAUGGAAGCAAAUGCUAUAGCCCUCAAAUACCUCAGUGAAAAUCAGUUGUCUCGGCUUUCUCUCAGUCACUCAGGCCAAAAUCCUCCUGCAGAUUUCUCUUUCCAAGACAUCUUGCAUACAAAUAUGGACAAGAGCAUGGUGGGUCUUAGCUUAAUUUCACCAAACAAUAUGUCUUUUGCAACCAAGAAGUACAUGAAGCGAUACGGGCUGAUACAGGGCAAUGACAGUAGUGAAGAUGAAGAGGAACUGCAGGUCCAAGAUGGCAGUUCUGGCACUGGCAAUAGUGAAAGUAUGCUGGACAAAAACUGUACCCCUGUGUUGGAUGGCUUCAACCACUGGACUCAAUUAUCCAAAAGAAUUGAUGGAAAACUUCCCAUUCACCUAAAAAGUCACAGCAGAGAGUUGACUGCUUAUGCUUCUCCACCAGAAUUAAACAGCCCUGUGUUAAGUAUUACAAAUGAAAUUUUUCCUCCCAGAGCAGAUCAAGCAGAUGAAAACUCAGUACAGAUUUUAAAGGAUUUAAAAUCAAAAACCAAAUUGUUACCUGGGAGGAUUGAAUUCACAGAACAACCUGGCAGGAAAGAUGAAGGAGAUAUCCAAGUCUUCCCCAGAAAACUGCAUUAUCCAGCCCUUGAAACAUUAAACCAGUCAAACAGUAUGAAUUCUGUUGGCACCAUUCUUGAUGUGAAGCAACUCAGGCAGUUGCCAAAGUUGUUCUGAACCUUCCCCCAAGAUGGCUGGCAACCACUGUUUCAAAUCCGAGAGGGACCUCACUGUACAAGACUACAGGAAACCAAGGAUUAAGCUAUCUUUGAAGAGCUCACUCUCUUGUAGCAACAUGAAACUUUCAGAACUGUGUUUUCAGUCCAGGUCAGGGAGAGCCACCUCUGAAUGCCUGGUUGAGACAGUGCUGAGCAGCACUGCAGUCUGUGUGCACUUUUGUUUACCACUAGAUGUGAUUUUAAAGUAUCUAAAAGGUGAAUCAACUUGACCCCAAGAUGGACUCUUAUUAUACUUUUAGCAACAAUUCUUAUUUACAGGUUCUUCUGUUGACUUUUUUUUUAAUACACUGAAUUUUCCCUGUCUGUGCUAACUGUGAGCCAUGGAUACUGUGUGUGGCAGAGCAGGGGUAACAGAGCUAAAGCACUAAUUUCUAGAAAUUUGCUGAC